AUGUCUAAAAACUAUUCCAGAAACAGGAUCGUUCGGAGGUGCUCCGCCUCGGUCCAGCGCGUCUCGCUCGCUCGGUGUUGGAAAAGCCGUGCAUCUCUGCAUGUCGGUUCGAGGAAGUCGAGCCUCGUCCAGCCAAGGGCCAUCUGCCGACUAGAGUUUCCGGCCUCGGGUCAAGACCAAUUGCUCUCCCAAGGCCGGUUAGCCGAGGAAGUGGAGUCGAGGUCAGGGUAUAGCCACCAAAUUGACCCUGGCUCUUGGUACGAAAGCAUAUUUUUACCCGAAGAACCUCACCCGAGCCUGCGUGGCCUCCAGAGCGGACUCGAACUAGGCAAUCUUUCGGAUGACUGA